UGUUGGGAAAGCUCGUUUUGGUGAAAAGCUCGGUGUUCAGCAGCAAAACAACGUCGGUCAAGAACAUAGUGAGAACUGUGAAGAAACAAUGGAUCCUCGUAGCUGGCACAAAGUAGCUGCUAUAUCUGUUGAAAACAGGAAUGGCGGCUCUUGGUCUGGGGGCAUAUGGUGCCCAUGGCUUCAAACCAAAAAACGCCGCUUACGAAGAGGUUUGGCACACAGCAUCUCUCUACCACUUGGUUCACACAGCAGCCCUUGUUGCUGCCCCAAUCACCAACCACCCCAACAUUUUUGGAGGCCUUUUGACUACUGGAAUUCUGGCUUUCUCUGGGACGUGUUAUGCUGUGGCAUUGCUUGAAGACCGAAAGUACUCCACCUUAGCACCAUUUGGUGGAUUUGCUUUUAUUGCUGCUUGGGCAAGCUUGCUGUUUUAGGAAUGGCAGCUGCCUCCGACAGGGAAUUUGUAUUUGCUGCAUUCAUAAAGUUAGUAGUGCAUCUCUGUUGGCAUUAAGGUCUUGUUGGCAUUAAGGUCUUGGACACUAGUACUUGGACAAGCCCCUCAUGUUUGGGCACCAGAUCACAAAAAUUCCAGCCACAGAAUGUUUAAAGUAUGUUCUACCAGUGGUUUGUAUACUUCUAUAGAAUCUCAAUGAAUUUGUUGCCAAAUGACUUUCUGUUGAUAUUUGUCUCGCUUCAAAGAUGCUGUAACAUGUUAUAACUAUCUACCUUAUCUAUAUAUGAUGAUUGUUGCAGUU